AUGAGUACAUUGUUUGGUGGUCGUCCCUUCAAAGAAGGUUUAUAUUUAAUUAAUAAAUGGAAGUUUAUGACUGGUGAUAAGGUUCAAAUUCUAGCAGGUAGAGAUAAAGGAAAGCAAGGUAUUAUAAAAUCAGUUAACAGAAAACAUAACAAUGUAUUGGUAGAAGGUUUAAAGUUGAUCAAAAAGUUGGCGAAAUCAACAAAGAAUCAAAAGGGUGGUGCAUACACAAAAGAGGCACCCAUUCAUUAUUCAAAUAUAGCUCAUAUAGAUCCAAAUAAUCAAAAAGCAUGUAGAGUACAUUUCCAAUUGAUCGAUGGUGUUCGUGAGAGAAUCUCGAGAGUAACAAACUCUAUUAUUCCAAGACCAACAGUUGAUCUCUCAAAGAAGUGGCGUAAAGAGAAUAUCGAAGGUCCAUUGGACACUCCUGCUGCUGUCGUCAAACAAAAGACUUACGAUGGUGUAGUCGAUAGCAUAGAUCCAAGACCAACCAUUUAA